CGGAAUAUCGCGCGUGCGCACCGCGUACAAACGGCUCUGGAGCAUUGGCAGCAGGUAGGAGUGAGGUUCCGUGGAGAUGCGUCGGUACCGGCGUCCGCGCCGCGACUGAGGGACAAUUGUUGCCAGCUUCGGACAUACCGUGCACCGCAAACCCGUGAUAUUCCCGGUCCUUUCCCUCUCUCAGCCCCACGAUCCGCACCCGGACUCCGGGGAGCUUUCAGCUGAUGAGCGAAGUUGCUGGCGCCAUUUUUAUUUUUGCAGCGCAUCGCCGGGACUGUGGCGGAUAGAUUGGUCUCUCGUUCGUGGGGGUUUCUGGGUAAAGAGGCAGCCAUGGAUGACAUUUCCACCGCUUUCCGGCCAGGCUGUAGUUUACAAGCACAAACGGAUGGAGCUCUUAGUCACUGCCGAGCUCCAGCUCUCUAAAUCCAGGUUAGAAACAGCAAAGAAUUUGUGCACGGCAAUCUCACACAAAACAACAGAUAUUUCCUUUAUAACACCGAUAUAUCUGUUGUUGAUCCUUGGAGAUGAGGAUGUAAACGUGCUUUGACACUGAAGUGAAGUUUUCUAUGGUAACUCAGUAAAAUCCACAAGAACUGGGUGCUGAGAGCACACCAGCAGAGAUCAGGUCUUCAACUGCAUCAAUUGUGCAAGGGAUUCACUACGUGUGGCAUAUGACUUAAUGAAUUGCUAGAGAAUUGAUCACAAGAAGAUAUCAUUCUCCUUUUCUCAGUGUUGGGAGUGAUUCUCACUCAGCCGACCCACAGAUACACCAGUGAAUUCACAAUGGGGAAUGGCCUUUCACCAGCUCUGCGCUCGGGAGGGAUCUAAUCAGUCAUUCGGCCUGAAGAUACAUCAGCAUGUUCACACCAUCCUGAGAUGGUUCACCUGUCUCUGGUAAACGAUUCAUUCUGUCGUCUAAGCUGAAGGUACAUCAGAAUAUUCACAGCAUUGAUCUGCAGGCCAUUCUCCUGCUUCAUCUGUGGGAAAGGUUCGCUCAGUCAUCUGAACUGCUGACACACGAGUGAGUUCAAACUUGGAAGAAGCUCUGUGUGUGUGUAUAUAUACUCUGAAUAUGUGAAGUGAUUCCCUCAGUCAUUCCAUCUUCAGACACACCAGCCAGUUCAUAUCAUGGAGAUGCAGUUCUCCUGCUCCGAAUGUGGGAAGGGAUUCACUCAGCCAUCUCAACUGAAAGUACACCAGCGAGUUCACACUGGGGAGAGACCGUUCAACUGCUCAGACUGUGGGAAGGGAUUCAGUCGAUCUUCUCACUUACUGGCACACCAGUCAGUUCACACUGGGGAGAGGCCGUUCACCUGCUCUGAAUGUGGGAAGGGUUUCAGUCGAUCAUCUCACCUACUGGCACACCAGUCAGUUCACACUGGAGAGAGGCCAUUCAUCUGCUGUGAGUGUGGGAAAGGAUUCACUCAGUUAUCCCACUUGAAGACACACCAGCGAGUUCACACUGGGGAAACACCUUUCACCUGUUCUGAAUGUGGGAAGGGAUUUACUCGGUCAUAUCACUUACAGACACACCAGCGAGUGCAUACAGGAGAGAAGCCGUUCAUCUGUUCCGUGUGUGGGAAGGGAUUCAGUCACUCAUCCCACCUACAGACACACCAGUCAGUUCACACCGGGGUGAGGCCAUUCAUCUGCUCAGACUGUGGGAAGGGAUUUCCUCGGUCAUUUCAACUGAAGGUACACCAGCGAGUUCACACUGGGGAGAGGCCAUUCACCUGCUCAGACUGUGGGAAGGGAUUCUCUCGGUCAUCUCAUCUACUGGCACACCAGUCAAUUCACACUGGGGAGAAACUGUUCACAUGCUUGGACUGUGGGAAGGGAUUCAGUCAGUCAUCUCAACUGAAGCUACAUCAGCGAGUUCACACUGGGGAGCGGCCAUUCACCUGCUCCGAAUGUGGGAAGGGAUUCACUCAGUCAUCCCACCUUGUGGCUCACUAUCGAGUUCACACUGGGGAGAGGCCGUUCACCUGCUCCAAAUGUGGGAAGGGAUUCACUCAGUCAUCCACCCUUGAGGUGCACUACCGAGUUCACACUGGUGAAAGGCCGUUCACCUGCUCUGAAUGUGGUAAAGGAUUCACUCAGUCAUCUACCCUUGUUGCACACUACCGACUUCACACUGGGGAGAGGCCGUUCACCUGCUCCGAAUGUGGGAAGAGAUUCACUCAGUCAUGCAACCUUGUGGCGCACUACCGGGUUCACACUGGGGAAAAAGUUUAACUCAGCUGUGUGCUGGAUAUGUUCACCUUUAACGGGACUACAGUUUAAUCUGGAUCUGAGACACAUACAGCAGUUCUAUUUCAAACUCUUGAGGUACCUAGUGGAUUUACAACACAGCCAGUUUAGAGUAGGGAGUCACCUCAGCCCAGCUGAUCUCUGCCAGUGUUUCUGUUCCAUGACAGUCAUUUUAAAUCCAUCCCUGCUGUAAACCUCUUGUUCUCCCUGUGGUGAUGGGUUCCAAACAGUCACCACUGGGUGAAGGAGUUUCCCUUGAAAUUCCUGCAAAAUUUCCUACUGACGGAAGAAGACAAGCUGACUGCAGUUGUGUCUGAUGUGUUCUUCAUCUCUCAAAGCUGGGCUGUGGGAGAAUGACAUUGGUAGUUAACCUCAUUUCCUGCUCAUUUCAACAUUAUGGGUUAUUUUCACUGCUUCUAAGCUGGCUUGUCAGAAUACACCACUGUCAUGCAAAGUCUGGAAGAAUGCAGAACCACAUGGUCGAUGUUCAGCAGAGCAGCAUCAGAAACCAGAGGCAGGUCAGCUCUGAGCAGGGUUUGGGGCUGUGGACAGUGGAAGAGGUAGAAGCAUGUAAUGAGGAGCUGGGGGGGGGGGGGGGGCGGGGAAGUGUGACAUUGAAUGAUUGAGUAGCAACAUUUGCAAGCUGAGUGACAGAAAAAAUUAGGUUGACUUUGACUGCUGAACCACACACAAUUCCUGUUGACAUUGAGUAUAUUGCUUGAGAGCUUGCUGUGUUAAACUGGCUACUAAGUGCUCUUCAUAUUGAUCGAGUUGGUGCCAUUUGGUAGAGAGGAGGUAAUACUUGUAAGCGCUUCCAAUGCCACCAUUCUUACUUACCCAGAAACCUCUGAGUUUCAGAAUAAGCUAUCACUGUGAAUUGAGCACACAGGUGCCGAGAGUCUGUUGGAUCCAACUAUUUAAUUUUAAUCACCUUUCCAGCUCUUCGCUUCAUCCCACCCCCUCCGGUCUUCUAUCAUUUUGCAUUUCCCCCUCCCCCCACUACUUUCAAAUCUCUUACUAUCUUUCCUUUCGGUUAGUCCUGACGAAGGGUCUUGGCCCAAAACGUCGACAGCGCUUCUCCCUAUAGAUGCUGCCUGGCCUGCUGUGUUCCACCAGCAUUUUGUGUGUGUUAUUUAAUUUUAAUAGUCAUUUUCUUUGCAGUUUAACAAUUAAUUAUCUGCUUAUAUUUUAAGUAGCCUUUAUAUGCAUAACAGUUUAAUAUGCCUCUCCUGGCGACAUGAAGUAUAAUUCUGAAGCUUCUUUGUACUUUAUUGAGUAAGUGUUUUCUCGUUGGAUAAUUUUUACUGCAGUAUUAACUAAAUGACUUCUAACUGGUUUAUUAUUAUCUAUAGAUUUGAAUGGAAUUUUUCUUACCUCUGGGUGUAAAAGUACAGUAGCUAUUUUAUUCUAGAUGCCAUUUUUAGUUUCUCUCUGUUUUCCAAGUGCUAGACCACUGUCACUGUUCUGUUCUUGUUUUAUCAAUUUUGAAUAAAACAAUUGUGAAGCAAUUGA